AGGUUAGAAUGAAGAAAAUAAAUUUGACAGUACGUGACCGGACUGUCAAAUGUAGCACACUCGGUCACAUACCUUGAUCCUGAUUGAAGCCAGCAUAGAGCAAACCGUUCCCGUGAGGAUUCCCCGCGGACAAGUUCAUUGUAAAUUAUUUCUUCGACCGUAAUAUUCGCUCGAACGAUCGUCUACUUAUGAAAUUGUAUGGAAUUCUAUCACAUUUUCGCCGGCAAGCAGUACGAGACACUUUUCGUAACUACGAAGUUCCGCUUCCAUCAUAGUGCUUUUACGCAUGCGUAUUCGACUGUUUUAAUCAGCUGAUACAACCAGGACGCGCCUCAUAAUUAUUCACAGAAGUAUUUAUGACCGCAUUUAGUGUUUUGAUGUUUAGAUUAUUUUUUUGUAUAAACAGUUUUCAUUAAUAACCGGUUGCAAUGACGAAAGAACUGUGAAAAUAAGAAGAAGCAGCUUUGUACCCUUUUCAUGAAUACACAUACAUGUGAGUCAAAAUUCUGGAAUUUUUCGCAUAUUUCCCCCUUUCUAGGUUACGUUUGUAAUCAAACAUGAAGGAUUUACGUAGAAGUUCUUUCAUAAUAAGGGGUUUACAUGUUUGUAAUACGUUACUCCGAGAAAAACCGCAAAAUCUGAAGGGGAAAAAGCUCAGCUCCCAGAUAUGGAUUAUGAGACAGAUACAAGACCCAUAUAUAGAAUUGGCAAAACAAGAAAACUAUAGAUGCCGAAGUGCUUUCAAACUGCUUGAAAUAAAUGAUAGAUUCAAUAUAUUGAAACCUGGACAAACUGUAGUAGACUGUGGUGCUGCACCUGGCAGUUGGACUCAAGUUGCUGUCAAAAAGACAAAUGCAGAUGGGAAAAAUAAUUGUCCAGUUGGCUCUGUGUUUGCAAUAGACAAACAAACAAUAUCUCCGAUCGAAGGUGCAACCAUAUUAGGAAGAAUGGAUUUCACAGUGUCUGCAAGUCAAAAUGAAUUUUCUAAAUUACUACAAAACAGGAAAGUUGAUGUAGUUUUAUCAGAUAUGGCACCAAAUUCGACUGGCGUGAAAGAGUUAGAUCAUGAGAAUAUAGUAAAACUUGUAUAUGCUGCUAUGAAAUUUGCUUUGAAAUUUACAAAGAUAAAUGGAACAUUUGUAUGUAAGCUAUGGGAUGGUGCAAGAUCACAGCAAAUAGAGAGUGAUUUGCUAAAAUUCUAUAAGCGUGUUAGACAUGUCAGACCUCGAGCUACAAGGAACGAUUCGACGGAGAAAUUUUUCUUAGCUAGGGGUUUCCAAGGAAUAUAAAGUAGAGACAAUAGUACAAUGUAACAUGCAGUUUCAUUAACAAUUAUAGUUAUGUACAAUAAAAAAAUGUUUAAUGGAUAAAAAUGAUUUGUAGUACAAUCGUGUAUCAUGCCUGGACAGGUUGUGAAUAAUAAAGCACGAGUAUUUUGGUAUAAGACCAACAUCGAAUGAUUUUUAUAACGUUUUCCAUUUGCGAUCUAACAAGACUCCUACACAAUACGACAUGUAUAUAAUAUACAUCAAUAUAUUUAGCUAUAAAUAAUACAAUAGUAUUUAAUACAGUUACAAUUAAUACACAUUAAGACGCCGGUGACGCUUCUUAAUUACUCUGUAUAUACAUUUUCCUUGAAUAAAAUUAAUAUGUACACGAAUCAA